AUGUCAUUUAAUGAUUUAGAAUCGCAGGUUAAAAUUCCAACAUCUGAGAAUUAUAAUGAUGUUAAUCAGAAGAUAAUAACGCUGGUAGAAUCUUUAAAGCUAUUAAAAAGAGAUUGUAGUAAAAUUGGUACUUCAACUGAUUCCAUAGAGGUUAGACAAAAAAUAGAGACAGAACUAAUACCAAAGACAUUAAUAUUAACUAAAUCCAUAGAAGAGAUAGACUUAUCGAAUAAUGAUAGAACAAGUAGAAUGUUUUUGCAAAUUAAAGAAGACCUACAAUUAACAAUUAAUAACUAUAGGAAAAACAAAUCCGAGAGUCCCUUAAUACAAAAAAGCAAUAAUAAUGUUGUAUUAGUGGAGGAAGCUGAUAACAAUGGUAAUAGCUAUAUAUCAAUGAAUUUGCACACCAACCAAGAAUCUGAUCCAUUGCUACCGCAACGACAGAAACAAUUAAGUUUACAACAGACAGAUGAUCAACAAUUGAUCGAUGAGGCUGAAUUAAGCUACCAGUCUAUCAUCCAACAGGAGAGGAGUCAGGAGAUAUCAAAGAUCAAAGGCAAAGUAACUGAAGUCAAUGCUAUUUUCAAACAAUUAAGUACAUUAGUCAAAGAACAAGGUACUAAUAUAGAUUCAAUAGACAAUAAUAUCAGUAGUUUAACAAGAAAUCUACAGGCAAGUAAUAAACAAUUAGAUAAGGCAAAUGAAAACCAAAGGAGUAAAAAUAAAUGUAGUAUGGUGGUUCUUAUCAUAUUAAUAGUUAUUGUCCUAAUUAUAAUACUGGGUAUAUUGAGCUAG